AUGUGGAAACCUACCGUAUUGCUCGCCGCUGCGCUGGCAGUUCCAGCUCAAGCCCUGCACUUCUUCAUCGACGGCGCAGUCCAGAAGUGCUUCUUCGAAGAGCUUCCCAAAGACACUUUGGUUGUUGGACAUUAUCACGCCGAAGUAUGGGACGAUGCGACCAAAUCCUUCCAAUCGAAGCCGGACGUAGGCGUCUUCAUCACUGUUGAGGAGACAUUCGACAACAACCACCGCAUUGUUGCCCAACGCGGUGCUGGCAAGGGCAAAUUCACCUUCAGCGCCGCUGACUCCGGCCAGCAUCGCAUUUGCGUCACCCCUCAGAAUGUACAGAGUGGAGGCUGGUUGGGCAGUGGCAUUCACGGCUCCGUCAAGUUCACGUUGGACAUGGCUAUUGGAGAGACAAGCAGGAUCGAGAGCACAGAUAAAGCCCAUGUUCAGACACUGGUGGAGAAGGUCCAGGACUUGAACUCGAGGUUGCAGGACGUGAGGCGAGAGCAGAUCUUCCAGAGGGAGCGUGAAGCCGAGUUCCGCGACCAGUCCGAGAGCACAAACUCCCGUGUUGUCCGUUGGACCCUGAUCCAGCUCGCCAUCCUAGGUGUCACUUGCGCAUGGCAACUGACACAUCUGCGAGCAUUCUUCGUCAAGCAGAAGCUCGUAUGA